GAGGCGCGCCCAAGAUGGCGGCCUCCUUGUGCGACGUGUUCUCCUUCUGCGUGGGCGUGGCAGACCGGGCUCGGGUCCCCGUGGAAGUCCGCUUCGUGAGCAGCUGCAAGGGGAAGGGGCUAUUUGCCACACAGCUGAUCCGGAAGGGGGAGACCAUCUUUGUAGAACGGCCCCUGGUGGCUGCGCAGUUUCUCUGGAAUGCACUUUAUCACUACCGAGCCUGUGACCACUGCCUGCGGGCACUGGAGAAGGCAGAGGAGAAUGCCCAGAGGCUGACGGGGAAACCUGGCCAGGUGCUGCCUCACCCUGAGCUCUGUACUGUGCGCAAGGAGCUCCACCAGCACUGUCCCCACUGCCAGGUGAUGUACUGCAGUGCAGAAUGUCAGCUGGCGGCUGCUGAGCAGUACCAUCGCGUCCUGUGCACAGGCCCCUCCCAGGAUGACCCCCUGCAUCCUCUCAAUAAGCUGCAGGAGGCAUGGAGGAGUGUUCACUACCCCCCUGAAACUGCCAGCAUCAUGUUGAUGGCCCGGAUGGUGGCCACAGUGAAGCAGGCCAAGGAUAAGGAUCGUUGGAUCAGGCUCUUCUCCCAGUUCUGUAAUAAAACGGCCAAUGAAGAGGAAGAAAUUGUCCACAAACUCUUGGGGGACAAAUUCAAGGGCCAGCUGGAACUCCUGCGGAGACUCUUCACAGAGGCCCUUUAUGAGGAAGUACUCAGCCAGUGGUUCACUCCAGAUGGAUUCCGGUCUCUCUUUGCUCUUGUUGGGACAAAUGGUCAAGGAAUUGGGACCAGCUCCCUGAGCCAGUGGGUCCAUGCCUGUGAUGCUCUGGAGCUGAAGCCUCAGGACCGCGAGCAGCUGGAUGCCUUCAUUGACCAGCUGUACAAGGACAUCGAGGCAGCAACUGGCGAGUUUCUUAACUGUGAAGGAUCAGGCCUCUUUGUGCUUCAGAGCUGCUGCAACCACAGCUGUGUCCCCAAUGCAGAGACCUCCUUCCCAGAAAACAACUUCCUUUUGCAUGUCACUGCCCUGGAGGAUAUUAAGCCAGGAGAGGAAAUCUGUAUCAGCUACUUAGACUGCUGUCAGCGGGAGCGCAGCCGCCACAGCCGCCACAAGAUCCUCAGGGAGAACUAUCUGUUUGUCUGUUCCUGCCCCAAAUGCCUGGCGGAAGCUGAUGAACCCAACGUGACCUCAGAAGAGGAGGAUGAAGAAGAGGAGGAAGGAGAGCCAGAAGAUGCAGAGCUGGGGGAUGAGAUGACUGAUGUGUGAUGUCACCCUGCCUGGAAGGGGCCCUACCCCAGAUUCUGCCAGAAAAGGGGGUCUUUCCCCGGAGAAGAGGCUUGGAAGGAACUCCCCACUCUUGUUGCCUGCUUCCCCCAUUCCAACUCUAUCCGCUGGAGGGUAGGACAGAGGCUGGACCCUAGGCCCUCCAUUUCCCAUCAGACCUCAUGCGCUGGACACUGCUGCUGAAUGGCUCGGGCUCUGCUCCGUCACUGAGCCUUUCAGAAUUAUCCUCCCUUUCCCCCGCCCCCGAAGUACUCCACUCCAGAGUGUGAGCGGCUGGAACCAAGAUCAGAGCCUAACAGUGUUUCUUGCCCCAUGGCUAUGCCUACCUAUCCCUCCGAGGCUUCACCUCUCUCUACAUUCUAUGGAGAGGGUAACAAAAUGGCAGUCUAACAGCCUUACUUUAUGGAAGAAGAAAGGAGAGGGGGUGAGUUGCCCUCACCUUCUUCCCCACCUCCCACCAUUGUAGCUGAUGAGGCAACUGCCUGAGUAUACUAGCACAGCUGGGUGGGGCAGGAAGGAGGAACUGGGCCUCCAGAGCACUUGGCCUGAGGCUUGGGGAACACAGAACCAGGGAGAAUUCCCUUCCUCGCCCCACCGCCCCACUCCCACCACUUGGACAUCUGGGGGAGUGGAGGUUAGCCCCUUCCCCAAGCUCCAGAAUCAAUCUAUCUUGUGCCUUGCCUUUCAGGCCCUGGCACAGUGUCGGGCCCCAUGGGGUAUGGAGAAAGCCUCUGCCUCCCUCAGGAGGGGUAUGUUGGAGAUCAUCACCCCUGCCUCACGUCCUCUUCCCAUUGAGGACUCUGGCAGCAUGGCUGAGACCUAGGGGAUGGCAGGCCUGUGCUCCUAACUUAGGAUGCUCUAGUCUUCUCUGGGACCAGUUGAACGUGGGUCAGUGAGGGGCUCUCCUGGCCUCCAUCGUCAGGAUCUCCACAGAGGAACACUGAAGUCUUCCAGAAACCUGGAGGAGCUGGGCUAGGUACUCAGAGAUCGGCCCUGACUGUGUCCCCCUAUCCCCAAAUUAGCACGACCCCUCACUCAGGUUGGGUGCUAUGGGAAUUAUAACCCUCCACUCACAGUUCCUUUCUGCCUACCUUCGCUAAGGGGUCCCAGGAAGGCAGGUGCCGGCCCACAGGCCCUUCCACGGAUUAUGAGCCGGGUGAAGCCUGCCUCUCUGGCCUGUUGGGUUCUUACUCCUUCACAGCAGCUGGCACCCCCUCCCACCCUUGCCUGCCCGCUGUUCUCAAUAAAGUGUGAGUGGUGACAGGCCUCUGAAGGAAUGCUUGGUGGAGAAUGACAUGACAAAAUGCCGGAGCACGCAGCAGAAAGGCGCAUAGGGUAGACCAGGUAAUAGUAGGCGAUGGGAACUCUAGCUCCCCAGUUUGGACUCCUCUCUGGUCUUAUCUACAGUCCCAGAGCAAGGGUCCUCCAUGGUCAAGUUUGGAUUCCUAGCACCAGGCAGCAAGAUCAGCCUUCU